AUGUCCAAGACAGCUCAAAGACGUCUACUGAAAGAAUUACAACAACUAAAUAAAGACUCGCCUCCAGGAAUAGUAGCAGGCCCAGCUAAUGAAAAUAAUCUAUUUGUAUGGGAUUGUUUAGUGCAAGGACCACCAGAUACAGCAUAUGAAGGUGGUAUAUUUAAUGCAAGGCUGGAUUUCCCUAAGGAUUAUCCAUUAUCUCCACCAAAAUUGACAUUUACACCAAGUAUCUUACAUCCGAAUAUUUAUCCUAAUGGUGAAGUAUGUAUUUCCAUCUUACAUUCACCAGGUGAUGAUCCUAAUAUGUAUGAAUUGGCUGAAGAAAGAUGGUCUCCCGUACAAAGUGUAGAAAAAAUUUUGUUGAGUGUAAUGAGCAUGCUAAGUGAACCAAAUAUUGAAAGUGGUGCCAAUAUAGAUGCUUGUAUACUUUGGAGAGAUAAUAGGAAAGAAUUCGAGAGACAAGUUAAGCUCUCUGUGUUGAAAUCACUUGGAUUCUAA